AUGAGGGUUAGCAGCGCUGAUGUUUAUAACCUUAUUCGAAUAUACGCUUCGAACGGCGCCUACUAUCAUUAUAAUUGUGCCAAUUUUGUGUCAACGUUUGAAGGCACCGAUAAUGCAAAUGACUGGAUCAGUAUCAAAGCAGAGACGGGUUGCUUCUUCAUGCCAGACUGGUCCUCUCGAGGUGCUGAAGCGGCGCUCAAGCUUGGAGGGGGAAUUGCAGACGGACUUUUCAGCUGGGCGGCAUGGGCGUGGGGGUCUUGGAACAUGACCACCUACGUGGACGCGUUGUAUAACCAGACCCUGAACGGCAAGCCGUACAUGAUGCCAGUCUACCCAUGGUUCUUCACAAACUUGCCGGGAUAUAACAAGACCUGGUUGUGGCGCAGCGAUGACCUAUGGUAUGAUCGCUGGCAGCAGGUCUGGUAUUUCCAACCGGAGUUCGUCAAGACUAUUUCAUGGAACGACUUUGGAGAAUCUCACUAUAUUGGGCCACUCGAUGACACCCAAUACAGUGCCUUCAAGAUUGGGAACGCACCAUAUAACUACGUGGAAAACAUGCCACAUGAUGGUUGGCGCCAACUCCUUCCCUACAUGAUUGACACCUAUAAAAAUGGGCAUGCAACGUUCGAUACGGAAGUCCUUGUGACCUGGUAUCGCCCGACAUUGGCAAGCGCGUGUGGUAAUAGCGGAACGACAGCAAACACUGCAAGCCAACUCCAGAUCGAGUACCGACCAGUGGAUAUUGUGGAUGAUUGUGUUUUCCUUUCUGCCCUGCUCAGUGAGUCGGCCUACUUGACGAUCAACUAUGGAGUAGGGGAACACGGCGUCGACUGGGAUUACACCCCAGAAGGGCGGAGUGGGCAUCUACCAUGCAAGUAUGGCCUUAUAUGGAGAAACUGGGUCCUUCACGAUGCAGCUGCUGCGUGA